UGCUUGUGCAUGCGCACGGCCUUUGCGCCGCCUUGACUUCCUGCAGCUCCGGGCUUGAGGCUGCCGUCUCUCUCGCAGCUUUUUGGCUUGGCUAACUUGGAGUAGCGGAACCUGCGGGCGUCCGAGGCCAGAGUCUCCCGGUCUGCAGCCGGCACGCGUGGCUGUGCGGUCCAGGAAGGCCUAGCGGGAGCACAGCGCAGAGGCCGAGGACUGGGAGGACAGGGGCGGCGGGACCGCCUGCUCGGUCCACCAUCUGCAGUGAAUGUCUGCACUUUACCAAGAGCAGCAGAAAAUGAGUAGAUCAAAGUCCAUAUCAGCCGGGAGGUCAGCAGCAGAUGCAGGAGACAGCUGGUCACAUUGUAUCCACCAUCAAAAAGCAGGAAGCCAUGAAUGCUUGUUCUCAGCCCACUUCCUUCUACUUGUGAAAUCUGAUGGCCCACUGUCAUUCAAGGAUGUGGCUGUGGCCUUCACCCAGGAGGAGUGGCGGCAGCUGGGCUCUGAGGAGAAGACGACGUACAGGGAUGUGAUGCUGGAGAACUACAGCAACCUCGUCUCCGUGGGGUAUGACGUUACCAAGCCAAAUGUGAUUAUUAAGUUGGAGCAGGGAGAAGAACCGUGGACAAUGGAAGGUGACUGCCAUGCUCAGCAUCAUUUGGAAAUCAGCAAAGUUGAUGAUACCAUAGAGAAAAUCCAAGAAAAUGGAGACAAACAUAUGAGGCAAGCUGAUGAUCUCAACAGCCAAAGAGCAGAGAAGGGGGGUGCAUCUGAUAAAAUUUAUAACCUAGAACCACACCUCACUUCUUCAAACAUAAGAGCUCACAGUUGUGCUUCCUGUGGGAAGACUUUGGAAUCCAUUUCAGCAUUAAUUAGUAGCGAUGGAAGGUAUGCAGUAGAGAAGCCCAACAAGUGUAUUGACUGUGGAAAAACGUACAGAGAGAAACUGGAUGACUUUGAUCAAAAUGGGGAUACUUCUUCUCAACAUGAUGAAAGUAUUCUGCAGAAAAUUACCAUUUUGGAGAAACCCUUUGAUUAUGAGUGCAUGGAAGCCUUAGACAGUGAAGCUGUUUUCAUGGCUCAUGAGAGCGCUUAUAUGGGGGAGAAGCCCUAUGAAUGGGAUGACUCUGAACCAGACUUCAUCCAGAUGUCAGAUUUCAGUGCAUAUCAGAGGUCACAGUUGGAAAUGAAGCCCUUCGAAUGUACACAGUGUGGGAAAUCCUUCUGUAAGAAGUCUAAAUUCAUCAUACAUCAGAGGGCUCACACAGGAGAGAAACCAUAUGCAUGUAACGUGUGUGGAAAGUCUUUUAGUCAAAAGGGAACCCUCACUGUCCAUCGGAGGUCACACUUAGAGGAGAAACCCUAUAAGUGUAAUGAAUGUGGGAAAACCUUCUGUCAGAAGUUGCAUCUCACACAACAUCUGAGAACUCAUUCAGGAGAAAAGCCCUAUGAAUGUAGUGAGUGUGGAAAAACUUUCUGCCAAAAGACACACCUCACUCUACACCAGAGAAAUCAUUCCGGGGAGAGGCCCUAUCCAUGUAGUGAGUGUGGGAAAUCCUUCUCCCGAAAGUCUGCCCUCAAUGACCAUCAGAGAACACACACAGGAGAAAAGCUUUAUAAGUGUAAUGAGUGUGGUAAAUCCUACUACCGAAAGUCCACUCUGAUUACACACCAGAGAACACACACAGGGGAGAAGCCCUAUCAGUGUAGUGAGUGUGGGAAGUUCUUCUCUCGGGUGUCAUACCUCACCAUACACUAUAGGAGCCAUUUAGAAGAGAAACCGUAUGAGUGCACAGAAUGUGGGAAAACCUUCAAUCUGAACUCAGCUUUCAUUAGGCAUCGGAAGGUACACACAGAAGAGAAAGUCCAUGAGUGUAGUGAAUGUGGGAAGUUCUCCCAGCUGCAAUGUCUUCCUGCUCACACAAGUGACUUAGGAGAGAAACACUAUGAGUGUAACGAGUGUGGGAAAACCUUCCUGGAAAAUUCAGCCUUCACUGGGCACCAGUCCAUUCCAGAAGGGGAAAAAACUUAUGACUGUAAUAUAUGUGGAAAGUCAUUCUCGGAUUUGUCAUGCUACACUGUACAUUACAGAGGUCAUUCAGAAGAUAAGCCCUUUGGGUGUAGUGAAUGUGGGAAAACCUUCUCUCAUAAUUCAUCCCUCUUUAGACAUCAAAGAGUACACACAGGUGAAAAGCCGUACGAAUGUUACGAAUGUGGAAAAUUUUUCUCUCAGAAGUCGUAUCUCACUAUUCAUCACCGGAUUCAUUCAGGAGAGAAGCCCUAUGAAUGUAGCAAGUGUGGGAAAGUCUUCUCUCGGAUGUCAAACCUCACUGUACACUAUAGAAGCCAUUCAGGAGAGAAACCCUAUGAAUGUAAUGAAUGUGGGAAAGUCUUUUCUCAGAAGUCAUACCUCACUGUGCAUUACCGGACUCAUUCAGGAGAAAAACCCUAUGAAUGUAAUGAGUGUGGGAAAAAGUUCCAUCACAGAUCAGCCUUCAAUAGCCACCAGAGAAUUCAUAAAAGAGAGACUAUAAAUGCACUCAAUGUGGAAAGUCUCUGACAUCUCAAUUAAAUAUUUGGUAAUAAUGAACAUUGGAAGCCUGUUAGGGAGUCAGGGGUGGACUUCCCCCUACUUUCUAUAUUUGCGGUGUUGGGAAUUGAAUACAAGGCCUUUUGCAUGCAAUAGAAGCUCUACACGGAGCACCACCCCAGUGAUUCACAAGUAGAGCGUCCAUGCUCUGAGAAGUCCUAGAAUCCAUUUUAAACUGAAUUUCCAGAGAGGAAUCUGUAAAAAUCCAGCAAGAAGAAACUAUGGCCAUGUAACUCAUGGGACACUAGAUAAUUUUUCAAAGUAUUUAAUAUUUAUUUUUUAUUUAAAUUGUAUUUACCUAUCAGGGAGUCUUGCUAAGAAAUGUCAAUAAGGUGACUAUGUAACACUUUGGAAACUUAUGCUAAAAGCCAUAUUCCUGAUGUAAAAACAGGUGUUUAUAGAAAAUAUGCAAGAAGUUAUCUGUUCUGAAUAAACUUAUGAAAGGAAGUUAUAAAGUUGGGAGUUGGUCAUAAGGGUGAAUAAAUAUGUGACAUUUCUGAUGUUUUAGAAAUGUAAUUAAUAGCAGUUCUAUGCAAUUUUUGGCAACCAUGGCUUUGAAUAAUUUGUGAAAGCAUGAUACUGAGUAUUAGAAUGACAAAGUGUUACAAUGGGAUAUAUUGAUGAAAUAUGUUCUAUAAUAGGAAAGUGUAUAAUUUUUUUGUGAAUGCUUACCAGUAGGGUGGUUUUGUAAAAAUUUUUCAACUGGAAUUGGGCAUAAUUUUUUUAAAUACUAUUUUGAUAAA